UUGGUCGCUGGUGUCCUCGUCCGUCCUCCUUACGUGGCAGCUGCCUCUGGACUUUAUCUUCAUGCUUCCUGACUUGUUCAGUCUGGUGGUCGUGGGGCCGAGUCUCAGAGAUCGAGUGUGAAAACAUGGGCGGUGGAUACUCGCAGGAAGAAAUUGAUGGAUCCUCUGUUAACUACUAUAACACUGCUUUACAGAACCCAUGCCUCUUACCAGAUGUGGGCAUCGAUCAGUCAAUGCUGAAAUAUUCUGGAACCAACUCCACUGCUGAGCUUCAGAGUUUCUCUAAUGAGAUGAUCAACAGCAUGCCGGGCUUCACUGAAAAAGUUGGAUCUCUUGUGGCCCCGUUAACAUUGGUCCCAAAUGCUGUUGGACUCGGUGCGUUGGUGAUUUCCAUGAUCUUGGAGAUCAUCGUCAAGAGCACGGGAAAAGCAAGCGAGGAUUCGUACAGCUUGCUCCGACGAGUAUUUGCUGAAGAGAAAGGUUCGUCUGUCCGGGACACGAUGACAGAGUACGUGAGACGCCAUCGCACAUUCAUGAAGAACGAGCAGCGUUUGCGACUGGAGCUCAACAGGUUAGAGACGCAGCUGAGCGGCCAUCUCACCGUCCUCAGGAACUCCCUGCUGUUUGACGGACACAUGACUUCCCGUGGGUUUAAAAUCUGGGUUAAUGGAGCUUCCUUCCACCUCCAGAUGUUGAUCCACGAGGCUCGACUGAAUCAUCAGGCUGGACAACCGACGGCAACUCAAGUUGAUUCCAUCAACACGUACUUCGAUGUGUACCUGCAGGACCUGGACCAGUUGCUGGAGAAAUACAAGACUUACUUGACCACUGUCAACGAAAUACUUUCGAACACAGUUUGUUGGAUGGAAGCAUGCAGCACAGAGAAUUGUCGUAUAGAAAAUAGUGAGUCCAACUGUGAAAUACAUCAUAAAAUGCAGGAUGACGACCUCUGUAGAGGUGAAGCUUUGACGAAGGCCUAUGUAAAUCAGAUUGUCUCAAAAUAUCCACCAAUCACAGGGUUGAAGAGUCAGUUUAUAAACGUCAAGAACAACGUCAACGUUCUAAUCAACCAACACGACACAUUCAGUCUGUGGUAAACGACCUCCGAUCAGUCUCCUACGCCAGUUUGCGUUUUCAUCUUAUUCACCGUCAACACGUCUAACUGUGCAAACGUAACAUCGUAGUGAGGCAAAGAGCAGGAGAACGAUCGUAAGACGUCGUCUGAUAGUUAAUCACUGAGCAACAUGACCGAGUGAAUCCAGUUCAUGAGGAAGGAUCAACUCAAAGUGUCAUUUCAAGCUGGUUUACUUUAAUCCUCUCAUCUACAUGUGGAGUUGAGCUCUUCUUGUUUCCCUGUAUUGUCAUUUUAAAGAUGUGAGAAACGUGAUUGUGACUUUGUUGUGUUGUUUCUGCUGCUUGUUGUUAAUGAUUUUAACAUGAAAAUAAGUGAACAAAGUUUCUGACAUUUCUUUAUGAUCCUGAGUCAGAAGUUAGACACAGAACGUCUCUGCAUGUAUGAGGAUUUUAAUAAAGUGAGAAAUAUUAUUUGUCUGGACUCAAACAAAGUUCAUGUAAACAGAUGAAUGAACCAAACUGUGUCACAAACAUUGUUGAAUUAAAGAAAAUUAAACCAUGAAUCAACAA